CACCCCUCCCUCCUCCCUCCCCAUCCGCCUGAGCCGCUACAGGAGAGGAGAGAGAGGGAGAGGGAGAGAGGAGUGCGGCUGAAUGUGAACGACAUGUCGACAGUCAGGCUCUAAAGUGUUUUCUCGGUCGUUUCCUAAUUCUUUGGCGGCGGACUGAGUGAGUAUUACCCGCAUCCCUGCUCUGCUAAGCGUCGCUGUGUGGAUCAGAGGGGCUGGUGGAGAGACAGACAAUGGGGAAUGCAACUGGAUUGCGUUACUCUGCCAAGGAUUUUCACACAUAGCCUGUGCGGUGAAGGGCCGAUGUCAGGCUGUGGCCCCGGGCUGCUGAGCUGAGAGGGAGAAGCAGGAGGAUGCAGUGGGUUACUCUGGCAGUGGCCCUGGGGUGUGUGUGUCUGUCCCGGGCGUCGCACACCCCCACCCCCACCCCCACCUCCACCCACACCCCUCUGGUGGACAACUCCGAGGAGGAAGUGGACGAGCCAUGCUUCGAGCCGUGCACGUGCGAGGUCAAGGAGGGCCUGCUGCACGUGCACUGCGAUGGGCGGAGCUUCACCAAUGUCAGCCAGGUGUCACAGUCGUGGGUCCGCCCUUUCAAACUCAAUCUCCAGAGGAACUCUCUGAGGCGUCUCUAUAGCAACGGCUUUCUGCACCUUGGCAACGCAGUGUCGAUAAACCUUGGCAACAAUGCACUCCAGGACAUCCGAGUGGGAGCGUUCAACGGGCUAGCCAAACUGAGGCGGCUGUACCUUCACGAGAACAAGCUGGAGGUCUUCAGAAACGACACCUUCGCUGGCUUAGAGGCUCUGGAGUACCUCCAGGCUGACUACAACGUGAUCAAACGCAUUGACAGCGGCGCUCUGAGGUUCCUCUACAAGCUCAGAGUUCUCAUCCUGAAUGACAAUCUGAUCCCUGUCUUGCCGGCUCAUCUGUUCAGAUCUGUGUCUCUGACUCAUCUGGACCUGCGGGGAAACCGUCUGAAGAGCCUGGCAUAUGCUGGGACCCUGGAGUACGUCGGCCGCUCCCUCAUGGAGAUACAGCUAGAGGAGAAUCCCUGGAACUGCGGCUGCGAGGCUGUGCAGCUGCAGCAGUGGUUGGGUCAGAUCCCGUACACGGCCGUCGUUGGGGAGGUUACGUGCGAAUAUCCCUUCCACCAUCACGGCAAGGACCUGAGGGAGAUUUCCCGCAAGGAGCUGUGCGCCGACCUGCCGGACAAGGAGCUCCAGGCGGAGGGCGGUGGUCCACCAGGAGGGUCCCACCCUCAACAUCUGCCUCCCAAUUCUAAACCCAACUCCCAUCACGGGCGAGUCCGGCCGACCAAACCAUCGUCCAUGGUCCACGGCACCCGGCAAAACACCCACACCUCCUCCACGUCGUCGUCGUCCUCCUCGGCGGAGCGAAGGGAGCGGGAGAGGCAGUCGAGGCCCACCAAGAGGCCUCGCUCCUCCAGAACGUCCCCAACGCCCCGCAGCCUCAUGCCCAACCAGAAUGCGCCCGUAGCCGGAUACCAAACGCGACCCCCCAUCCCCAUCAUCUGCCCCCUGGGCUGCACCUGCAACCUGCACAUCACCGACCUGGGCCUGACCGUCAACUGCAAGGAGAACGGCUUCCUCAACGUCUCCCAGCUCACGCCGCGGCCGCUCAACGGCCGCAAGCUCUAUCUGAGCGGGAAUUUAAUCCAGAGGAUCUACCGCACUGACUUCUGGAACUUCUCCAGCCUCGACCUGCUUCACCUGGGGAACAACCGCAUCUCCUACCUCCAGGAGGGAGCCUUCUCCAGCCUGUCGAGCUUGAGGAGCCUCUACCUGAACGGGAACAACCUGGAGCGUCUCAGCCCCCACAUGUUUUUGGGGCUGCAGAACCUAAGGUACCUUUACUUUGAGUACAACGAGAUCCGCGAGGUAGAUCCCGGGACGUUUGACUCCAUGCCGUCCCUGCAGCUGCUCUUCCUCAACGCCAACUUGCUGCGGAGCCUCCCGCUCGGCGUCUUUUCCGGAGUCAAUCUGGGCCGCCUCAACCUGAGGAACAACCACCUGCUGCAGCUGCCGAUGGAGGGCGUGCUGGAGCACCUCACCGGCCUGGUGCAGGUGGAUCUGCAGCAGAACCCGUGGGAGUGCAACUGCGACGCGGCUCCCCUCAAGCGGUGGCUGGAGGGGCUGAGCGCGGUGGUGGUGGUGGGGGAGGUGGUCUGCCACUCCCCGGACAAGACCAAAGGCGUGGACCUGCGCUCGCUCUCCAUGGAGCUGCUCUGCCCCGAGCUGGAGCCGCUGGAGGAGCAGGAGCGGGAGGAGCAGGCGGCCACGUCCACGCCGGCCGCCGGGGGCGCUCCGGCGGGCUCCCCCGGCGCGGGGCUGGGCCCGCUGACCCCCCCGGGGAAGGAUUCCAUCCCGCUGUCGGUGCUGGUGCUCAGCCUGCUGGUGUUGUUUGUCUCGGCGUUCUUCGCGGCGGCCGCGCUAAUCGCCUACGCCCUGAGGAGGCGGGACAAGCUGCCGUUCCGGCGCCAGGGGGAGGUGGACCUGGCCGGCAUCCAGAUGGAGUGUGGCAUCUUCACGGAGCAGUCGCACCACCACCACCACCACCACCACGGCCUCCCCGACGCGCCGCCCGAGCACAACCACGUCUACGACACCAUCCUGCCCCCGGAGGCGGCGCCCAAAGGCCUGGACCCGGCGGCGGCCGCGCACAUGUGUAGCAGCCCCAUCUACAAAGAGGAGAAGGAGGCGGGCGCGAAGCAGCAGCAGCAGCAGAGCGAGGCGGGCUUCUGCCCCGCGGCGGAGAAGGAGCGGGAGUGGGCUCUGGAGGUGUCCUCGUCGCCCAUCAACACCGUCACCGGGGCGAUGGGACCGCUCGCCGGCCUCCACGGGAACGGCAUCCUCUGCCCCACCGUGAUCGACAGCCAGGGCCCCACCCCCAAAGUGGAGCUGGUGGACUGCCUCUUCAGACUCCCCACCCCGGAGUUCAGGGAGCUGUCCGACAGGUACGCUCGCCCGCCGCCCCGCUACCCGCACCCCCAGGACUCCAAGCAGGACUCCAGACCCGACCAAACGCUCAUCGUCACCACUGCCAGCUCCUCGGCAGGCGGCGGCGGCGGCGGCCAGAGCGAGCAGGGGGCGGGAGAGCCGAGGCCCAGGCUGAGGACCACGCCGGACUACAUGGAGGUCCUGGACCGCUCGUACCAGUUCUAACUCUCCUUUUUUAACCCGUCCUCCUCCUGACUCUCAUCAUCUCUCGCUGGUGAUGAAUCAUCCAGUACCAGUGACUCCUGCACAGAGGCUGGCGUGGCUUUGAGAGGAGACUGUGGGGGAGCAGGACUACACACCACAUGUUUAUUCCUGGAUAACGCGGGCUGAGGUCAGCCUUCGUAUUUUCCCCACUCCUGGCGUAUUGGUUGGUUUUUGGCGAGGGUGAGCCGAUCCCAGAUCUCUGCCUGGAGGCACCGCUUCAGCUGCAGCUUCCACACUACUUUCUCCCUCCCCUCCAUUACUCCUCGCAAUCAUUAAACACCGAGGCGCCGCUCUCCCUCUCUGCGCCACAAUGAGCAGGAGACGGCGGCGCGCUGGCGGGGACGGCGGUGGGCGUUCGUGCUCGUAUUAGGACUCUUUAAAAGAUCUGCGUGGAGGUGAAAAAAAAAACCCCGCCAGCUCCUUGCGACAUCAAACGCAGAGUCAUAAACUGUGAUAGGAGGAAGGUGUGGGAACGAGCUGAGCGGACACGUAAGAUGGAGAAACGACAGAGACAAAGCGAGAGUGUGAGAGAAAUGACUGAUAAACAGCCAAGUGCCUUAGCAAAGAACAGCCAGCAGUGUGGUCAAUGCUUAUUUUUCUAUGAAUACAGAUCUAUUUAUCUAAACAAAGAGGUUUGACUACCGAUGGACGGGACGCCGAAGGACGACUCAGACUGAAACCAAUCAAAGCCGCAGAAUAAUUGCAUUCCCUGGCUGAGCCAAAAAUAAUAAUGUACCCAGUCAAUAUUGGAAUUGUUUGUAUGCAGUUCAGUUCAUUUUCAUCUCACGCAGUUAACUUAAUUUGCUAAUACAGUUGAGUUUUUUUUUCAGAGGGACUUAUCCACAGUUAUUUGGUUGCUAUGUGAAAUUAUCGGGCAAAAACACAAAACAAAAACGUUGGAUUGGAGGAAAAGAUAUAGAAAUUCUCAUUUUUCGGCUGAAGGACUCUGUGGCAAUGGAUGCAUUGUGGAUUUCUCGGCCGGCCCCACAGGGGCCACGAGGACCCGCGCUCCACGUUUUCCUUCAUCGGACAAAGGCGCCUGGUUAAGUGUAUGGUUUUUUUAGGUUCUCUCAGAGGAAACGCGAACGGCAGAAGGACAGCGGACUAAAACCAGGACGGGAAAGCAUUUUUUUGUCAACAAAAAAAAGAGACAGACACUUCUACCAACUACCGAUUAUUAUCUUUUACGGAGGUAUCUUUUUAUGCUUUCUUCUCCUACAAUAGUAGAGGCAGUUGUGAAUAUAUUUAUUCUUAGUUUUUGCGUGUUGAAGCUCCUGUAAGGGAUCAUGUUAUAUUACUGUAUAGGAUGAUUCUGCAUCUGGUUCAGCCUUCUUACAGCCGACCCACGAAAUACAAUAAAGGGUGCUACGUAAAAAAAACAGAAACCUUGGGGUGGCAGCUGCUGUGUGACAAAUGAACCCGCACGCACACGCACACUCGCGCCCUGACCUCCGUCAGCGCGUCGGCGUCUCCGGCGCUUUAAUGGCGCAUGAACGAGGCAGCUCGAGGGUUGCUGAGCCUGCGAGCCGCUCCAUGCAGCGCGUUGGGGAGACGUGAUGCGAGGCUGCAGCGUGGAACAUCUACCGUACCAUGCUGUAAAAUCAACAGCCUCCCUCUGUGAAGCGUGGACGCAUGGGGCCCGGGACCAUGAAUUGUUCCGUCCUCUCUCCGCUCGUUUCCUGCUUUGUUCUCUCUCCCCUUCCUUCCUUCCUCCUCCCUCGCUCGCCCUCUCCCUGCUCUGGCUGUCAGCUCGGCCUCACAGGACGGACGUGGGGGGAUGCUGCUCUAUAUGCUGCUCAACACACAGCACAUGCCCUGUGAGGACGACGCUCCAACUGCUUUUACAGUGAACUGUUCUGUAGUCCAACUCUGAAAGGACCGGAUCUGGACCUGACCGGACCGCACCGGACCGGACCAGACCAGACCGCACCGGACCGGACCAGACCAGACCGCACCGCACCGCCUUGGUCUGCAGAUGAUUGGAUGAGUAGCCGCCCUCUGUCUGUUGAACACACACAGAUAAACAGCACAGCUGGAGUCAAACCUGCUCGCACACAGUGAGCGUUUCACAGCAUUUGCCGUGAAUGCAGGCGUCCUGACUGGGUUAAUAAUACUCUGACUCGUGGCUGCGUCAGGCAGACGCUCCAGCUUCACGGUGCAGAGGUUGACGCCAGAGGGGAGCGCUUCAGCAUCGUCUUUAAUCUGAGAUGGAGUCGUGCACGUGCGCCCCGAGCGCUUCGGAAAUCGACUCUAUGACAACGUGCAACGCGCUGUUGAUUCCUUCAUUCUUAUUUGCUCACGUCAUAUCUAUUGUCAUGUCUCAUGACAUGUUUCCUGACAGUUGUAUGGUCUGGUCCAUUUUAAGCCAGAUGGAUGUGGACCCUCUCACACAGUAUGUCAAUAUAAAUAUCCAGUAAAGUGACAUAAUACAAUAAUAAUUCCGCAAACCGGAACAAAAAUGUUAAAUAAAUAUUUUGUAAAAGAGA